UGUUGUGAAUAGAAUAGUGAUAAAGAAACGCAAAAAUAUGCUGAAGUUAAUUAUAGGAUGUGCCUUGGUGGCAGCAUCUUUGGCGUCUGGAUUUUGGGACAAUGAGGUGAAACAAGAUUAUUCUAAGAAUACGUUGGAGAUGGCGCAAGGUAUUCCAUACGAAGGGCGGACGUUCACAGUAGAUUACCAAAAUGAUUCGUUUUCCAUGGAUGGAAAACCUUUUCGAUUUGUUUCCGGAUCCUUGCACUAUUUCCGGGUUCCCCAUCAAUACUGGAGAGACCGAUUGAGGAAAUUAAGGGCUGCUGGAUUGAAUGCAGUUGCAACAUAUGUAGAAUGGUCACAUCACAAUCCUUUACCAAACAUCUAUAAAUGGGAAGGAGAUGCAAAUUUAGAAGAAUUUAUUCGACUAGCUGUAGAAGAAGAUUUGUACGUCAUCCUUAGACCAGGGCCAUACAUUUGUGCAGAACGAGACUUUGGUGGUCAUCCUUGGUGGCUCCUAUCUAAAUAUUUUGAGGAAGACCCUGCUAAAAUGAUUAAACCAAGAACCACCGAUGAAAGAUACAUGGAAGAAUCACAAAAAUGGUUAGACGUAUUGCUGGCCAAAAUGAAGCCUUACUUUUAUGGAAAUGGUGGACCUAUUAUAAUGGUUCAGGUAGAAAAUGAGUACGGCAGUUACGCAUGUGAUACUGUAUACAAAAAUGCUUUGACAGAUAUAUUUAAAAAGCAUGUUGAUAAUAAAGCAUUGCUUUAUACGACCGAUGGCUCUUCUGUUAAUUUAGCCACUUGCGGAAAAAUCCAAGACGCAUACUGCACCAUUGAUUUUGGCUCCGGAGCUAAUUUAGACAACGUAUGGGCAACACAAAGAAAAGUUGAACCACAUGGACCACUGGUAAAUUCUGAAUUUUAUCCAGGCUGGUUAACUCAUUGGGGUGAAAAGCACGCGCAUGUAUCCACUGAAAAUGUUGUGAAAACUUUGAAAGGAAUGCUGGCAAAUUCCAGCGCCAAUGUUAAUUUCUUCAUGUUCUACGGAGGAACCAAUUUCGGAUACACAAAUGGUGCUAAUCACGACGGAGUUUCAUAUAACCCGCAAAUUACUUCCUACGACUACGAUGCCCCAAUUUCUGAAGCUGGUGACCCAACAGAAAAAUAUUACGCCAUCCGUGAAGCAAUAGGAGAGUUCCUUUCUUUGCCAUCAUUGCCCUUACCAACAGCUGCACCCAAAGGUGAAUAUGGGCGCAUAACAAUGGGCCCAGCAGUUGCUAUGUUAGAAAAAAAUAGUCGUUUGAGAGACGGAGAACUGGCUAGUGAAAAACCACUUUCCUUUGAACAAAUGUGGCAAAAUGGAGGUUUUGUGUUAUACCAUACACAGUUGCAAGAAACUAAGUCAGCAAAUUUGAGCGUUCCCCAAUUAAAAGAUAGAGCUUACGUUUAUCUUGAUCAAAGACUGAUUGGAAUAUUGGACAGACAUACAAAUAAAUAUAGCCUGGAAUUAAACGCGACAAAAAGUUCUUCAUUAGAAUUCCUGGUUGAAAAUCAAGGGCGUAUCAACUAUGGAUCAAUCACAGCUGAAUAUAAGGGAUUAAACUGGCCAGUGACCUGGGGAGAUAAAGAACUCACAGGAUGGAUCAACAUAGGCAUACCCUUAGAAAAUGGGCUCAAGGAAUAUUCUGCAAAUCCAAGCAGUUUUAGCACAAGAUCUACUCGUGGAAAACUGUUAGAUGGACCAGUUGGAUACGAAACUAAUUUUGAUUUACCAGCAAAUCAUGAAGGACCAAUUCGCGAUACUUUCUUGGAUAUGACUGGUUGGGGCAAGGGGGUUGCUUUUAUUAAUGGACACAAUCUGGGACGCUACUGGCCUUCAGUAGGACCUCAAGUAACUUUAUAUGUACCUGGAGUGUUUCUGAAACGAACUGAAAAUCUUUUGGAGAUUUUUGAGCUUGAAUCAGCACCGAACGACCUGGCAGUAUCUUUAAUUAAAGAACACAUCUUAGAUAUACCGACUAAAGUAUAGAAUCAGUAUUGUCAAAUGAACAAAAAAGUCAUUGUUAUCGAAU